CCUCGCUGCGGGCUGUGCGGCGGGAGCCUCGCGCGCUCCCGGGCAGCCCAUGGAGGGGGUGACGGGUCCGCUCCGCGAGUCCCUGCAGCAAGCCCCGGGUCGGGGCCGCAGCCCCUGUCCGAGCGCGCGCCCACCCCUGCCUCGGAGCCAGCCCGCCCAGGCCGGGCACAGAUGCCCCAGCCGCACUGACUUCUUCUGUCUGCCCCAGCGGAGCCCCGCUGGGUGACUCCUUGUACUGCCAACAUUUACAGGGCAAGGGGUGGCUGAGGGCGGCCGCCCCGUGCUCGGUUCAUCUCGGGUAGCAUGUGAGUGUCAGAGCCCGGCGUGCACUAGCCGGAGUGCUGCUGGUUGGCCGACAAGAGACAGAGAAAGAGCCGAAACUCCGGAUGCCCUCGAGUUUGGGGGGUUGAGAUGAGGCGAUGACAGCGCUUGUUGAGGGGAACCAAGAGCACAGGGAGUGUCUAGUUUCUGUUUAUCCUUGAAUGGGACAGACUGAACUGAACAACAACAUUUUCUUCCAAGAUGUCACACUAGGGAUGUAACAUCCCGAACAGGUAGACAAGAAGAAUCUGGGAACUAAGCAAUCUGAGAGGAGACUUGCUUUAAUGAUCUCUAGAAAAAUAUAGUGGAAGAAACUAUUUACUUUUUCUUGAACCUCAGAGGUUACUUAUCAAAGGGAAAGCAGAGAGAGAGUGGAGGGGGUAGAAUUACCAAGUGGAACUGGAGUAAUAUAUUCUAGAAGGUUGAAGGAGUCUAGACCAUCUUCUAGCCGGCACUAGAAAAUGGUAUUGCUGAAGUCGCCAGAUGGUGGAUGGGGCUGGGUGAUUGUCCUUGUUUCCUUCUUUACUCAGUUCUUCUGUUAUGGGUCUCCGUUAGCAGUUGGAGUCUUGUAUCUAGAAUGGCUGGAUACUUUUGGAGAAGGGAAAGGAAAGACUGCUUGGAUUGGAUCCCUUGCAAGUGGAGUUGGAUUGCUUGCCAGUCCUGUCUGUAGUGCAUGUGUGUCUUCUUUUGGAGCAAGACCUGUGACAAUCUUCAGUGGCUUUAUGGUGGCUGGGGGCCUGAUGAUGAGCAGUUUUGCACCGAAUAUAUAUUUUCUGUUUUUUUCAUAUGGAAUUAUUGUUGGGCUUGGCUGUGGCUUAUUAUAUACAGCAACAGUAACCAUCACCUGUCAGUAUUUUGAUAAACGCAGAGGCCUUGCACUUGGUUUGAUUUCAACAGGUUCAAGUGUUGGACUUUUUAUAUACGCAGCAUUACAAAGAGAACUCAUUGAGCUAUAUGGACUAGAUGGAUGUUUGCUAAUAGUUGGAGCAUUAUCUCUAAAUAUACUAGCAUGUGGCAGUCUAAUGAGACCUUUGGAGUUAUCGGAUUCCCCUUUGCCAGAAAAGUCAUGCCUAGAAAAAGUUCCAGAUCAAUACUUGAUUUACUACGAGAAAGAAAAUGUUGAAGAAAAUACAAGCAUCCUAGAAAAGGGCUACAGUGAAGAAAAAAGUGUGAAUAAUAUGUCCAGUCGUGAUUGCAAACAGGACAGCAUUUUAAAUAAGAAUGGAUUAAUAUCAAUACAUGCAAAAGAGACAGACACUUAUAAACAGAAAGUUGUAGAACAAACAUACUUUUGCAAACAGCUUGCCAAGAAGAAAUGGCAACUGUAUUUAAACUACUGGGAAGAAACGUUGUUUCUGUUUAAAAACAAAGUAUUCUCAUCACUUUUUAUUGCCAUCUUACUUUUUGACAUUGGUGGAUUUCCUCCUUCACUGCUUAUGGAAGAUGUAGCAAGAAGUUCAAACAUUAGUGAAGAAGAAUAUGUUAUGCCUCUUAUCUCCAUUAUAGGGAUUAUGACUGCAGUUGGCAAACUUGUUUUAGGAGUACUGGCAGAUUUUAAAUGGAUUAAUACUUUAUACCUAUAUGUAAUUACCUUAAUAAUGACCGGCGUGGCCUUGGUUGCAAUUCCAUUUGCCAAAAGUUACAUUAUGUUGGCAGUUCUUUCAGGAAUUUUAGGUUUUCUCACUGGGAAUUGGUCAAUUUUUCCAUAUGUAACCACAAAGACUGUGGGAAUUGAGAAACUGGCACAUGCAUAUGGGAUAUUAAUGUUCUUUGCUGGACUUGGAAAUAGCCUUGGACCACCAAUUGUUGGUUGGUUUUAUGACUGGACACAGACAUAUGACAUUGCAUUCUGCUUUAGUGGACUUUGUGUUCUGCUGGGUGGAUUUCUUCUGUUGGUGGCAGCUCUGCCAUGCUGGGACAACUGUAAUUAUCAGGGUGCAAAGCCACCUCCAAAUACUUACUCCUACACAGUUGCAUCUAGUGUUUAAAUGGCAGCUGGAAAACACUUCAAUGCCUUUUUAUACUAUGUACUAUAUAACAAAAUGUUUUAGUAAUUUUUCCACUUAUUUAUGAAAUACAAAAAUCCUUUUACAAAUAGAAAAAAAUCCAAUGAUGCUUGACAUUCAUUUUUUUUUUAAGAAUGGUCUUGCUUUGUCUACUUUAGACUGUGGGUUUGUCUACACUACAAUAAGAAACCUGUAGCACCGAGUCUCGGAGCCUGGGUCAGCUGACUUGGGCUGGGGGCAUGGGCUAAAAAUUGCAAUGUAGAUAUUUUGGGAGUGGGCUGGAGCCUGGUCUCUGAGACCCACCCCCAUCAUGGGGUUUCAGAGCCCGGGCUUCAGUCUGAGCCUGAAUGUGUGUCUACAUUGCAAAUUGCAGCCCUUCAACCCAAGUCCCAUAAACCUGAGUCAGCUAGCCAGGGCCAGCCACAGCUGUGCCAACGCUCUCUUAUUGCAGAGUAGCUGUACUCCAUGUGUUCAGCCUCCAUCUACUGUAACUUCCUUUCACCCAGUAAUGGGGAUAUUCUGCUGUAUUAUCAUCAGCUCUAUUUUUGUUGUUGUUGUUUUAUGAAAAAAAAUCUUAUGCUGUAGCAAUUUGGAAUAUAUUAGAAGGCCCUUUUCUUAAUGGAAAAGGAUGGCACUAAUGUCUCCAAUAGUUGUACAAUGAGAGGCUUGAAAAAAAUACCUUAUCACCUAGAAUGCAAUACAUUGAUGAGGUGCUUAUAUCAUGGUAAGGUAAAUGUUUCCUUUUUUAAGGUUCCCCGCUUUACUGUAAAGUGCUAAUGAGGAAAAACUUCUAUUGUAUAACUGAAGUAAACAUUAUGGUAAAACUUAACAUUUUGCAUACCACUGCAAACUAAGAUGCUAUGCUCCAAAUAUUUUGCUGCACACUUUCUGAAGUUUGUUCAAAAACUGUUGAACCAAAAUCUUUCAAACCAAGGAAUAAAUAUGAUUUUUUGAAACCA